CUCUCUCUCUCUCUCUCUCUCUCUCUCUCUCUCUCUCCAAUAGCAAAAAAAUAGGGCAUACGAGGAAGAAGAAAAUGGACAACACCCAGUUCUGCUACUGCCGAAAGCUUGGGAAGAUCACUUGCUCUUGGACUGACUCCAACCUUGGGAGAAGGUUAAUUGGAUGUGAGAGAUAUGGGGAAAAAGGUGUUUGUUGCUACUUUAUUUGGGUUGAUCCCCCAAUGUGUGAGAGGUCAAAGGUGGUCAUCCCUGGGCUGCUUAGGUCACUGUCAAAGCAUGAAGCACUGAUGAAGAGGGAGAAGAAGAAGACCCUCUAUCUCUGGGUUGCACUGAUCCUGAGCUGGGUUAUGUGGAUCAGUGGUUUGGUUCUAUUUUGCAAGUUCAAGUGAAAGGUCAAGGGUCAUGUACUAUGCACUAGUAGUAGCAGUAGGGUAAUGAAGUGGUAUGCACUAGUUGUUGUAAUGUGGAAGGUUGUUUUUGUGUAAUGAAGUGGGGUGGAUGUGUAGUAGUAGUCUGGUAGGAAGGGAAGUGUGUUGAUAUAAAUGGCUGCAAAAUGCCAUGAUCUAAUGAAGCAGAAUUUC